CCCUUCGCCUUCCACCAGGCUGCGCUGCUGUCUUUGAUAUGUUUCCUACGUUUUGCAUAGCGUGAGCAUAUUCAGGAGUUUGUUUUUUGCUGCGCAAGAAUAUUCGACGGUCUGGCUCGUCCUCCUGGCUUUGCCACCGCCGCCCACUUCUUACCAGGACACUUAGUACAACCAGGGCAAUCACAUUACAACUUCAACCACAAUCCGGACAUAUUUCACGCGGCACCAGCGGGGUAUAUUGAGAAGAGAUUUACGCACUUGAAGCACUUCUACUUCUUUCGCAUACAGUCUUGCUGCGCUUAACUCCGAGAUUGCAGCACAACUAUUGCCACUCUGGCUUCAAACAUCAACGGCGCUCUAUUAAGCAUCUUCUCAUAGUCUUUGCAAGAUGGCUGCGAUUGAUUUUGCGCGGCUGCGCAACCAAACGAUGGCCGAUGGCUUCGAUAGUGAGGUCACGGUCAACACUCGGGCGUUGAUCGACAAGGUCCUUGCGCGUUACUCUAGCGAACAUACAACAUUACGAGAGUUGAUACAGAAUGCGGCAGAUGCGAAAGCAGACCAAGUCAUCAUUAAGUUCGAGACGGAUCCAUCUCUGACCGUACCCACACCACAGGCCGCCGAGGACCCCGUUCUCCUGAAGCAUAUCAUUCAAAAUCACACACUCAAGCGACUUGUUGUAAGCAACAACGGUCAGCCAUUUACACCCGCAGAUUGGAGUCGUUUAAAAAGUAUUGCGGACGGCAAUCCAGACGAAACCAAGAUUGGUGCUUUCGGCGUUGGGUUCUACAGCGUGUUUGCCGACUGCGAUGAGCCUUUUGUAGUUUCGGGAGACAGGACUAUGGCGUUCUACUGGAAGGGUAACAUGCUUUCCACCAAGGCUGCCCCUGUACCGGCUGAGCACGAUACGAGGGACACUAUUUUCAUGCUUGAAUACCGACAAGCAAAUCCUGCAUCCCCGUCGUACAAUCCGUCGAAGCUACCGAACUUGCCCACUCUUUGUCAAUUCUUGGCAACCAGUCUCACAUUUGUCGGCUUACAGAGCAUCGAGCUUCAUGUUGAUGAUUAUGUCGUCGCGUCGUUCACCAAGAAAAUAUCACCUCCGGACGCUGUCCGCGUGCCCAAUGGACUGAAGACAGAGACCGAAGGCGGAUUGAUGCGAGUGACUGACGUUACGCAACAGCACUCUCAAAUCGACGCUGCCUGGAUGAACGUCAUUGCCACUGCUCAGUUACCUCCAAAGAAGGCGGCAGACCUCGUACAGCAAGAAGUUCGCAACGCUGGUACUUCACUCCGAAGCUUCUUCUCAAAGUUUGCAUCCGCACCUCCGCCUCCCACGAAAAGUGUCAAGCCUGCGCCGGAGAAGAUCAUUUCCAAUGAAGAAAUAGCAGGCGACUCAACGGGCACGAUCUUCCUACAAGUGUGUACUGUGGUUGCGGCUACAAAAGUCUCGCAAACCUUUACUAGAGAGAUUGAGCGAGCGACUAAGAAAUCACCACCCAAGACGAUCAGAAUCGCUCUUUUGACGAGUCCGUAUCAGGACCCAUCAGCCACUCUGGCAACAGGCUCCGGAAGUUCAGCUGCGCUUGCCGACAAGAUCUUCGCAGAAGUGCUCCCAACCAAGUCUGGACGGAUCUUCAUCGGCUUUCCUACCGCUCAGACGACGGGUUAUCUUGCUCACAUCUCGGCACCAUCGCUCAUUCCGACUGUGGAGCGAGAGAACGUGGAUAUGAAUGCUCGCUACAUCUCUACCUGGAAUAUCGAGCUGCUGCGCGUUGCAGGGUUGGCGUGUCGCAUCACCUACGCAGCAGAGCUGGCAGCGUUACAAACUCAGUUUGGCAAGGAGUCUAUGGAGACUUUGAUCGCGAAGACUGCGUACGUGUUCAAACAAUACACAUCCAAAUCAUCACAUCCAUCCACAGCUCUCGGUGACAAGAUCGACGAGGCCUUCUGGAAUUGUUCCAAGGACCGAUCGAUUGACAUCCUCUCGACUAAAGGAUUCUUACCAAGUAAGCGCGUGCGUAUGCCAGCAGAAACUUUGAGUUUCCUAAACGAGGUUCCUAUGGUUCCCCAAGAGCUAGCGAAUGGAGCAGUUGACUUCAUGCUCAACUUACACAAUCGCGGUUUCAUCACAGAGCUCACUAUGCAGGACAUCCGCCAGGGCCUUGAGUCACGGGCUCUGAACGAGGAAGAGCUUUCCGAGUUUCUCAAGUGGUGCGGAGCUAAGCUGGAAAGUGGCGAGAUUGACGUUCCCGGCUCUCGUAGUCUAUUCGAGAAUACCGUCGCCAAUAUCGAUGUUCAGCCAGAGAAGAACUCUGGAAGGAUCCUCGCCUUGGGUGACAUCAGUACGUUCGUAAACCCAGCGCGCAUUGGUGCGCAUUUGCCCCUCCCGCCAGAUACGAUACCUUUUGCUUUCACAAGAGGCAUGUCGAUGAAACAACUGCAGCUUUUUGGUUGGGUGGAACUGUCGAUGGUUCGUUGGCUCCGGCAUAUGACGACACGCCCACAAUUGGACGAUUUCACCAAGGACGAGAAUCUGGCGCUUUCUGUACUGACGUUGACUUCCAAGUGCUGGGAACAAUUGGAUGGAACUUCCAAGGAAACAGUCGUCAAGAUCUUGACUCCUCACACGAUCUUGCCAACAAAGAUGGGCAUGCGGCGACCAGCUGAGUCAUACUUCCCUACUGUCAAGCUUUUCGACGACCUGCCGACCGUCACGCCAUUCCCAGGCUCCAAGGAGAAAUUCCUUUUAGCGCUGGGGGUACGAAAGACUAUCGAUCUCCCCAUGGUGUUUGAUAGAAUGCGCAGCCGCGACGCGCAGCAGACUGAAAAGUCUGAGAAGCCGACCUGGAAUCACGUUGACCUUAUUCGCUACUUCGCAUCCGUCAUCAACGAGAUUCCUGCGAAGGAUCUCAACCGCCUACAACAGACAGCGUUUUUGCCAGGAAACGGUGCUUUAGUAAAGCCGGGCGAGCAAUUCAAGGCCUCGGAUCUAUAUGCUCCUGACCCGGCUAUUGUAGCUCUGGGUCUAACCCAGAUCAACCUGCCGUUCGAAUUCAAGCCUACUACCCGGGAAGGUGUACUACUCUUGCGUCUCGGACUACGACAAUGGCCAGAUUCAAUCACUAUCGCAAACGUUCUCCAUCGUGCCGGUCAAGCCAAAGAUCUCCAGCUCUACACGCGUGCGAUGGAAUACUUCUUGACAAAUUACUACAAGAACAACUACGCCGUAGAGCACCAGAAGUUUGCUGCCCUGACCCUCCCGAUCUUGCCAACCGAACAGGCUCCUUUUCCGGCAUUAGUAGGCCCUUUCCAAUGCUACACUAAUGAGCAUGCAGCCUGCCUAGGAUUUCCUAUCUUACGAAGCGACCUUCGCAGUCAUGCCGAGAAGCUGGCGGUCCAGCGUGAUCCAAGCAUAGGCCCAUGCGUUCAGUAUCUCAUGAAGACACCACCCAAGACCAAGCUUGAUGCAGAAAUGCAGUUUGCUUAUCUUGCUUCGCGUGGAUCUGAGCUUGACCAGUACAAAGGCCUCAUACAGAAUCUUGCGACUUCCAACAUCGUACCAAUAUUCAGGAAAUACUACCUCGAUCCUACUUGCAGUGGUUUUGAGGAUAGAUCGAAGAAUCAAACCGGCAAAACUGAGAUGCGCAUUCAUCACUACGAUCCACCCGAGCAUGUCUUUGUUGGUCGUGAUCAAGAGUAUCGUGGUAUUCUUGAUUAUGUCCACUAUGGUGCGGAAGCCACAGUCUUCCUUCUCAAGGUCGGUGCGAAGCACGAGCCUACUACGCAUGAUCUUGCAUAUCUCCUCGCUAAGAACCCUGCUCGCUUCCUCAAUACAAUCGGCCAGGAGAAAUACCUCGAUCUGCUUAGAAAGCUGGCCGAGCAUGCGGCAAACCUGUGGAAAGAUAAGGAGCUGGUCAAAGCACUCGUGGCUUCGAGGCUACUUCUUGGCUACCGCGAUAUCAAAGAGGACACCAAAAAGGUUGCCGAUGCUGGUGACGAAGAGAUGGAUGACCUUGACGAAGACAAUGUCCAUCGUGAAUGGUCUCUCAACAAGGCUGGCGAGAUCGUGAUCAUCGACAACGUUAACUAUAUGACGAGAUUUCGCGACUUCAUCAUCGCAGCCCCGCAGGAAGAGCUCCUCGAGGAAUUUUACGCCCGUUUCGGUGUUCAGAAGGUCUCAGAGCUGGUCAAGACCGAUCAACGCAUCGGCACAGUGGCACGCGACCAGGCACCCGCCCAAGAUCUUCGAAGAGACAUCCUGGAACGUGUGCGUCUCUUCCUCCACGAGUACGAACGCGAUGCUUCAUCAAAGGCUAUUAGACACGACGCCAAAUGGCUGGGUUCUAACUUGACGGUCCAAUGUGUGUCGGAUAUUUCCAUCCGCUACUCACUAGCAGAACGCAACGUUGCGACAUCUUCACGAAAAUCUGCUGUGAUCAUCAAGGUGCGUGGUACAGGAUACGUGCUGAGUAUCACACCGAAAUACGAUCUUUAUGAGGUAUCUAGCGAACUAGUCAGAUUGCUGGUAUCGCGGCCGAAACGCAACGAUGCGAUCGCGCUUGAGCGCAUCUUGACUGAGCCUUUGCGCCGACUGCAGCAAAAGGGUAUCAAUGUAGAGCGUAUUCUACGAAGGAAAGAGCAUGAGGCACGCAUCGCCAAACAGGCCGAACAAGAACGUGAAGAAGAAGAGCAGCAGCAAGCCGUUGAAAGAGCCAAGUCUGGUCAUGUAAAGCAUGAGAAUAGAGAAAACGUUCCACCCGAGACGCCAGAGAAGGCCAAAGAGAUGCCUGGUGCGUUUGGUAGUCCAGACACUGGCAUGGAAAUCGCCAAUCGCGGCCGUCAACCGGAGGAGGACCAGGGCCUCAUCAAUAACUGGGCAAAGAAGCUUGGGUUCAAGAAUGCACCAAGCACACCGCGUGAAGGCACGCGUGGCACAGACGGGCCUCAGAUCAGCCGCGACAUUCAAGCUACGAAAUCGAACAUCCAGAAUGCUAUCAAGGAAUGUCGACCUACCGGUAUGGACAAUAUCAACACAAAGCAUCACCAAGACCCGACAGAGCUUGACCGAGGAGGUUACUGUAAUGGCGAGCAAUGGGAGAACUUGCACAAAGCCUUUUCCGUACCCUUCUCCGGUCGACAUGUCGAUAUCUACUACGGUCGCGACGAGACUGCACCGCUCACCGACUUGCAGUCUCACCUGCAAGCAUUCCUACCGCUCAUCUUCGGUCUUACCUCGAUCUUUAGCGUCAAUCCGGCCGCAGUGAACAUCUUCCUCGACAAGAAGUCGAACACGGUGGCCUUCAACAUGAACGGUAGUCUGUUCUUCAAUCUGGCUUGGUUCAUUGCUCUACACAGCGAUGGCUGUCAGACCAAGGAAGGAAAGCUGAGGGCGCUGGACAGUUGGUUUUGCACGUACUGCCACGAGCUCGCACAUAACCUCGUGGCCGACCACAAUGCGCGCCAUAGUUGGUACCAGCAGCAGAUUAUCAUCGAGUAUAGUCAACAGUAUCGCGCCGCAUUGCCGAACUUUACACAUGGUCUUUUGAUAUAGACGGAAUCUUUUUUGUCAGAACAUCGUAUAGAUAGAGUGAUAGAAAUCGGCGUCUCAGCAGCAUUGUAUUAUCAUUAUCUCUAGAGUAUAAGUUGUAUUCAUUUCCAUUUGGCUGCAUGUAAAGUCAUAUCACUGCCUCUUUUUUACCCAUCACGUCCAUCACGUCACUACACCGCAAGCUCGGUAUUCACGUUUACUAUGAUUUCCCUGCAAACGGUUGCCUCGGCGCCCAAGGCCCCACUCGAUAUCCGUAGACCGCUCAUCUUGACUGUUUUACCGGCUCGUUAUCUCAAGGUAAAGUCCCUCACAAACACAGGUCAAUAAGGCUCCACUCUAUUAGCGUACCUUUACUGCAGCGUAGUCGGACAUAUAAACAAUCUCCCCUACUGCUUCUCUUCAUCUUCCACCUUCCACCCUCCACACUCUACUCAACUUCCUUCCUUGCUUUCCAAGAGAACCU